GAAUGACCACGUGGAAACACGUGUCUUGCGGGAUAUAAUUUUGCGUGGUAAACCACUAAAAAUAAACGGAGCCAAAACAAGGGGAGGACGUUCCCACAUUAGGAGAAGAGGAGGAGCCAUGAGGGGGACGGAGGGAGGGAGGAAGCUCCUCUUUCCCCGUCCCUCCCAUUUCCCUAAGCGGGACCACCUGCCCUUAUCUCGAGCGACCCUGACAAAUGGCGACGGAAGAUCACCAGCUCCAAUUUGGUACUUCUUACGACCAGGACGACAGAGAAGUUGAAAGCCUCACUACUCCUCCUCCUCCCGCUGGUAUAAGCCCCGGGAUUACAGUCAUUACUGCCCCGCCAGAAAUACAAGAGACGUCUUUACCAAAGGCCAAUCCUUAUGCUUAUCUUGACGUUGUGAAGGGAAGUCCAUCUCCAGGACUUGGGGAUCCAUCAGAUGAAGAUGAUUCUGAUCACGGUGGUACCAGUUCAGACAUAUACACACAACACAUGAAAGGGCGUGUCUCACCUUCGCCCUAUACUGCAAACACUGAGAGAGCAAGACAAUUCAAUACAUAUGUACGUAGUCUAAUAGAAGAAAGACUGGAUACCCUAAUCCCCAUAUCCCAUCAACCUCGUGAUCUCAUUCACCAAAUAAUAAUGGACACCAACUCCAGGUUCCCCGAGUUCUCUUCCUCCGUCCGUAAAAGGAUAAGGACCUACUUGAAGUCUUACCGUCGCUCUAAACGAGUGAAGGAUAUGCAAGCAGCUGCAGCUAUAGGCCAUCAGUACAAUAGUAAUGCUAGUGCUAGUGGUAAUGGUAAUACUAAUACUCCUUCUCUGUCUAAUGGGAUGAUAACUGCUAAAGUGAAUACUACUAAGACUACCACAGGUGCUAAAGAAGACAGUCCAUUGAUAAACAUUGCUUCCAUAUCUCUACCAGCUGAGCUCCUAAACCACAAGCAAAACUCCUCCUCACCAACUUCUGCCAUCAUAUCAAUAAAUUCACUGGGCGGAGCCCUACUAGGGGGAGGGGUUGAUAAAGACGGGCCUCUCGCCAAGAAACCCAAACUAGCUCCAGUUGCUCCUGUUCCGGUGUCAUCGAUUGCUCCUCCAGUGACUAAAAGUGUUACUUCGCCAGCUGUUAAUAAUAGUAAUGCUGUGGGCGGGGCUAAGCCUGUCAUUCCUGCUGCUAAGGUUCCUACUACCAAUGAUGAUUUGAGUACUAACGAAGUGUCAACUCUGAAACAACUGAUUCAAGGGUAUCGCGAGUCGGCAGGUUUUUUAAACAGGGCUGCUGACCAGCUGGAGGAAAUGUUGCUAAAGGAGCAUCCUGAUGCAGCUGGACUCUAAUACCUGCGACUGUAAUAUCGGUUUAAGAACCAUCUUGUAUUUAUUAAAAUUAUUUAAUUAUUAUUAUUAAAAAAUUAACUUAUUAUUAUUAUUAAUUAAUUUAUUAUUAUUGGUGGCUUAUAAUUAUUAUCAUACAAGUUUCUCUCCUUUUACUUUUCUCUACUACUUAACAGUACAGGAUUAUGAAACUGUGAUUUUUUUUUCAUUUUUUGCCUCUCUUAUCUCUUUUACUGCACAUUUUACACCAUCAUACAAUUUUACAUCACAUACAUGUAUUAUACAGUCGCUGUUAAAUAUCUCAACUGUUGAUAAUAAUACUAA